UGUUGUGGGAAUUAUACGCCAGCAGCUACAAUCCACCAGGGACGGUUGUGACCACAGCUCGUGCCCAUUGAAGGAAGAGUUGCGUAGAACACCCGCAUCGCCUUCCCGGUCCAAGCCCAUAGUUCUUUGUUCGCUCAUCGCCAUUUUCUUGCGGAUCGAAAGGCGAGAUUUUGGGGAAGAAAUGGAGAGCGAUUCGAUGAUGGUUCCAUUCCCGCUGUUGCCGACACCGAUCGAAUCCAACUACCGGGCUUGCACCAUUCCGUACAGAUUCCCUUCGGAUAACCCCAGAAAGGCUACGCCCACUGAGAUCUCCUGGAUCGACCUCUUCGCCAAUUCCAUCCCCUCUUUCAAGAAACGGGCAGAGAGUGAUACUAGUGUUGCGGAUGCUCCUGCUAGAGCUGAAAAAUUUGCAAAACGGUAUGGUGAGAUUCUUGAAGACUUGAAGAAAGACCCAGAGAGCCAUGGUGGGCCACCAGAUUGUGUUCUACUCUGCAGACUUCGUGAGCAAAUACUUAGAGAAUUGGGAUUCCGGGACAUAUUCAAGAAAGUGAAGGAUGAGGAGAAUGCAAAGGCCAUAUCACUAUUUCCGGAAGUCGUCCGUCUGAGUGAUGCUAUUGAAGAUGAAGGGAAGCGGUUAGAAAACUUGGUUAGAGGAAUAUUUGCUGGAAAUAUCUUUGAUCUGGGCUCCGCCCAGCUUGCCGAGGUUUUCUCAAGGGAUGGAAUGUCAUUCCUCGCUAGUUGUCAAAACUUGGUUCCCCGACCUUGGGUCAUCGAUGAUUUAGACAGCUUUCAAAUAAAAUGGAGCAAGAAGACUUGGAAGAAGGCAGUAAUUUUUGUUGAUAACUCUGGUGCUGACAUAAUUCUGGGCAUAUUGCCUUUUGCAAGAGAAAUGCUCCGUCAAGGAACUCAGGUGAUUUUGGCCGCUAAUGAAUUGCCGUCUAUCAAUGAUGUAACAUACACAGAGCUUAUUGAGAUCGUGUCGAAGUUGAAGGAUGAAAACGGGCAACUAAUGGGAGUUGAUACCUCGAAGCUCCUGAUCGCCAGUUCGGGGAAUGAUUUGCCUGUUAUCGAUCUUACGAGAGUAUCACAAGAACUUGCAUAUCUUUCAAGUGAUGCAGAUUUGGUCAUCCUCGAGGGCAUGGGACGUGGGAUAGAGACAAACCUUUAUGCUCGGUUCAAGUGUGAUUCCCUCAAGAUCGGAAUGGUGAAGCAUCCAGAGGUUGCACAGUUUCUUGGAGGACGUCUUUAUGAUUGCGUCUUCAAAUACAAUGAGGUUCAGAGUUAAAAACUUAUAUUUCAGAGUCUUCAUUCACUCGUAUUAUUGCAUCGGUCAUUCAGUGAAUCAUCAUAGGAUUUGGUACUUGGAGCCAAAAUCUUCUCUUUCGAUUCAUACCCCGAGAAUUUAGAACUCUCUUAAGGGUUCUUCGCUAUAAAUUGCAAAAGCAUCAAACUUUUUCUUUAUGAGUACUUGCUACAUGUGAUGUUGAGCAAAGUAGAUGAGAUUACUUUGACCAUAUAAUUGAAAUGUGGCAUUUCAUCCAUCAA